CAGCCGCAAGAAGAAGAACAACAACAACGGACAAUAAUCACGAUAAGAGGACACUCUUAAAAGUACACCUCACCUGUACGUUUGUUUUUCCUGAGCCACAGGAGAAAAUGCUCACUCUUGUGUGUAUGAUGACUUUUUGGCCAGUCGUUAACGCAGGUUCUCACUCACUGAUGGCUUUGGCAACAUAUAUAGUUGGACAAACACAAUUUCCCGAGUUUAGUGUUGUGGUGAUGUUGGAUGAUGUACAAAUAGCGUAUUAUGACUCAACCACGUGGAAACCUGUCUAUCGCUCUCACAGUGAAUCAAAAUAUUACGAUGAAGAGCAAAGUGAUGCUGGUGUUGUAUUGCGUGAUAUGUAUUAUGACAUGAAAGAUCGAGCCUUUUAUCUUAAGGAGCACCAAAAUCACACAGACGGUGUACAUGUUCAUCAGAGACUUGUUGGAUGUGAACUGUUGAACAGCAAUAAACCAGGUCAACUUCAUUACUGGGAUGCUUUCGGGGGACAAAAUAUGGAGGAGUUUAUUUUUGAUGUAGGAAAACACGCUAUCCAGAUUAAAAUGCCAUGGGUGAUAACAUGGGACCAACUAAAACGGGUUCAUGAAAACUUUAUGUAUGAAAAUGUUUAUCAUCCUAUUUGCAUUAAAACUUUGAGAAGGUACCUAAAUAUGGAGAAGAACAAUGUGCUGAGAAAAGUGAAGCCCAGAGUCAGACUCAUGAAGAAGACACUCUCAGACUCUCAAGGGCUUCAGAUCAGCUGUCUGGCCACUGGUUUUUACCCCCGUCACAUUAACCUGACCCUGUUCAGAGAUGGUCAGCCUGUGGAAGAUGAUCAGAUCACAGGAGGAGAGAUUCUGCCCAACGGAGACAGAACGUACCAGAUGAGGAAGAGUUUGGUGAUCAGUGAAGAAGAGCUACGUGAGGAACAUAAAUACAACUGCACAAUGAAGCACCUCAAUCUGGACAACAAACUGGACAUUAUUUUUGAUGUGGCUGAAUCUGACCCAGGAUCCUUCAGUCAGUCUGUAGUUUUCAGUGUGCUGGUGUUCAUGUGUGUGGUUGUUCUCAUCAUAACUGCACUCAUCAUAUGGAGGAAGAGACGAGCUGCUGGUAAAUUUUAAGUAGAAAGGUUCAGUUUCCAAGACAACCCAGAGUCAUUACACCGGACUCCAAUGCGAGAUGCAACUUGAAAAUUUUUUUGCCUGUAUGGACUCAAAUUGAUGAGGUAAUAUACACACAGUAUUUGGUCUCAUUUGUUUCCUGUGGAUGUCGGUGGCUCUUAUUGGAGUCUUUGAUGGGACAUUGGAAAGUCGCAACAAGGAGAACGCUCAUCAAGCUGUAUCCUCUUAUGAAGAAUGCACCUCAGUAUGACAUGCUGCUCAAAAAUAAGACUGAUCGAACCACAAUGAUGUAGGAGUUUUUUUUAUUUUUUAUAUUAUUAUUAUAACAGUUACAGUGCAAUCAAGGUAUACGUUUUUUGGCCAUUAUGUGUGUUUUCCAGGAAAACAAACUGAUAAGCUUGAAAAUUGCUAGCACUAUACUCUGAUUAGUAGAGCUACAGGAAUAAAUUUGUAAUUGAGCCAUUGCAUAAAUGUAUUUGCAUCAAAAACAUAUUCUGUUAUGUGGCAAAGACAUUCAUUUCAAUGACAUGGGAGUUGGUGCACUACCUUGAACACCUGACACAUCCAGUGUUAUAUGACACACCUUAUUGAUCAAUAAAAUACUCAA